UCUCUCUCUCUCUCUCUCUCUCUCUCUCUCUCUCUCUCUCUCUCUUUUAUCCUCUCUUGUAUCUAUUUCCGAAUAAAAACGAGAAGAACGACGAAUUUUAUUCUUGAAAUCUCUCGUGACUCUUUUACGAGUAUCUGUCGUGUCGAAGAUAGGAUAAAAGUUUUGAGUAAGAUCGGGUCACGUGAGCCCCACCUAUUACACCUGUUGCAUCGAAACGAAGAUCAACGAUUUUGUGGUCCUACCAAUAUCGAGAUACUACUGCUGUUGUUGCUACUACUACUACUACUACUACUACACUACUACUACUGUUGCUGCUGCUGCUGCUGCUGCUGCUGUUACUGCUGUACUACUAUUACUACGUUACUAUUACUACGUUUUACUACGACAAAGAACGGUGACUCUGUUACGUCGUAACUGCAUCAACGGUGCUUUCUCUCGUGCGUCAUCGUGAACGAGCGAGAACGUUGCCCCGUUCACAACCCUUCAUUUCGAGAGAUCGAUAUCAACGAAAGAAAAAGAAAAAGGAAAUGCGGAGGAAAAGAUUAUUCGACGAAUUAUCUAACGAUUAAUAAAUCUACGUAGAUAUCGAUUGAUAUUCGAUUAAUUUAAAUAAAUAAAAUAUAGAUAUUCUUCGAUACUUUCAAUCGAUCCCGAUCGAUAGAAUUCAACGGGGAAAAUAAUUUUGAUAUUUCGAUUUAUUAUAAGAGAAGAAAUUUAUUUUCGUAUCUCGCAGCAUCUGUGAUACAUACAACAUACAAUCAUCAUGGGUAAAAUGGAAAAGGAAGCAGAAUCCAACUCGAUGAAGGAUUUUAACAGCAGCACGAAGAUCGCAGCGAUUUCGGUCGGCGAUUACAACGAAAAAGAUGAGUUUUACGAUCCUUUCGAAAACAGAGACAAGAAGCACACCAAUUCCGAUUUAGGUUCGUUGGCUCAUCUUUUGAAAUCUUCGCUUGGUACCGGCAUUUUGGCCAUGCCUAAUGCCAUAAGAAACGGAGGUUUGAUAAUCGGUGGAUUAGGGACGAUAAUCAUCGGUAUGAUAUGUGCUCAUUGCGUUCACAUAUUGGUACGUUCGUCUCAUAUACUCUGCAAACGUACGAAAACACCAAAGAUGACUUAUGCUGAAACAGCCUAUGCUGCUUUUCUCUGUGGACCUAAAAUUUUAAAACCUUGGGCUAAUGCAAGUAAAAUAUUUGUAAACACGGCACUUUGCGCGACCUACAUUGGUGGUGCAUGCGUUUACAUCGUAUUCAUUGCUACAACGAUCCAUCAGAUUGCCGAGUAUUAUAACGGGCACAAUACAAUAAACAAAGGUUCUUUGAUGCUAGCAUUGAUACCAGCAGUGAUUUUAUUAGGACAAAUACGAAAUUUGAAAUACAUGGUACCAUUUUCAAUGGUGGCGAACGUCAGCAUGAUGGUUGGUUUCUCGGUUACGUUAUAUUAUAUUUUCAAAGACCUUCAACCUAUUCAAAACGUCAACAUGUUUUCGGAAACGGAACAAUUACCAAUUUUCUUCGCUACUGUUGUAUUUGCCAUUGAAGGAAUCGGUGUGGUAAUGCCAGUGGAGAACAGUAUGAAAACACCACAACAUUUUCUCGGUUGUCCUGGUGUACUCAACAUAACUAUGACAAUCGUUGUCAGUCUUUAUGCGAUAAUAGGUAUAUUCGGUUAUCUAGCAUAUGGAGAGAAUACAAAGGCGACGGUCACGUUAAAUAUACCAGUUCAGGACAUUUUGGGACAAGUGGUGAAACUUUUGAUCGGAUUGGCUGUACUGUUCACAUACGGAUUACAAUUAUUCGUACCGUUGGAUAUAAUGUGGAGUGCAAUUAGAACGAAAUUCAGUCACAAGUACGAAGCCGUUGGUGAAACGACUUUGAGGGCUGUCAUCGUUUUAUUGACAGUCGGUGUAGCUGUAGGCGUGCAAGAAUUAGAGCCAUUCAUUUCUCUGGUAGGUGCAAUAUUUUUUUCCAUUCUCGGCAUCAGCAUACCCGUUACGGUCGAGACAAUUUCAUGCUGGGACGGACAUUUGGGUACCUUCAAGUGGAGACUUAUUAAAAAUGUUAUAUUACUUAUUUUCUCAAUGAUGGCAUUGAUAUUUGGUUCGUGGAUAUCGAUAAAAGAUAUCAUCAAAGUCUAUAAUAAGAAAUAAUUUACAACUA